AGCAGCGGCAAACGUUCACAGCGAAAAGUGCAAGCUUUGUUACGCAAAAUAUUUCGCAACAGAUUUAUUGUGUGUGUGUGUGUAUUGCUUCUCUCAAUAUUAUACAUAUAAUUCACACGAGGCGCACCCGUGAAAAUAGGAAAUUAUCGUACAUUCUUUCUGUCUUUAUUUUGAGGAAUCUUUCAAAUGUCUCCGGAAAUUCCAAAGGAAGCUUGCCUAAUCCUUUUCGAACCCAUUAGUAGUGAAUGAUACUUUGCUCUUUUCCCUUUAAAUCUUUACGAAGAGGCUGGAAUGCAUUAGCGAACACACUCGAGAAAUUUUUAAAUAUAAAUAUGAAAUGGAUUCUUUUGUUGACAAUAUUUGCCAUUGUACAAUAUGAAGAGGUGAAAGGUUAUCCUCAAUAUAACAACGCAGAAGAUGAUUUGCUUAUAAUAGCUCAGGCACCAUUUACGGAAAAACCAAUCAGAAAUUCGUUUGAAUUCCGUUUGCUGACACCGAAAUCGACAUUUUCGAUAUUACCAUAUUUAAAGGAUGUAUACAGUGAUGUUCUAUCUUAUAUCACAAAGAAAUUUGAGCUUUUGGAAACAAGCUACAACCACCUUACCGAACGUUUAAAGGAGUUCGUCGAGAGUUCAAAAACAAAAAGCAAAAAAGAUAAAAAGGUUCCAUCACCAGCAUUAGGGACUACUGUUUCAAAUGUGAUUCUAACAACUCCCAAGCCCAACAAAUCGAUGCACGCUCCUACGCCGAAUAAAUUGACGAGCACUCAAAAGCCUGCGCCAGUUGAAAAUGACGACAAAAAAAAUAAGCCUGAUGAUAAAAAAGAUCCAUUGCAUAUAUCUGAAAUUACAUCAAAUAACAAAACACAAGAAAAUGUAACUCAAACUAUCCCAAAACCGAUUGAAUUGACAGCUAUUCAAAAGCCGAUGUCAAUUAAAAAUGACACAGAAAAAAAACCUGUUGAACAACAAGACAAGAAAGAUACGCUCAUACCAAUAAAAAUUGAUAAAGAUGAGAAUGCGAUUACGCCACCAAAUACUGAUAAGGAGGAAAUAGUAUCCAUUAAGCCAAAGGAUCAAGUUGAAUCAUCGACUAGAGAAUCCGAAAUAAUAAAAACAUCGGAAGAGAAUAUUACAUUUACAAACGCAAAUGAAUCUAAAUUCAGGAGAUAA